AUGCACUUCCUCAUCAACAUCCUGGUCAUCGCGUUCGUUGCCGCCGAUAAUGCCUGUACCGACGCCGACAAGAAGACUAUUGACGGCAAACUCUUCACCGGUUUCCUCUAUCACUGUGCCUCAGACGCACUCUUUAACCCGAAGGGUAUCAUCCCGAAAUGCCUUAAGGAAGGCUGCGGCCUAACCGAUGGAUGCGCCCAGUGUUUCGGUCAGUAUGGACAGUGUGGGCUGUCUUGUGCACUCCAGUGCUUGAAGGACCCUUCUGAUCCCGCCUGCAAAACCUGUAUGGAUGACCAUGGGUGCACCGCGGCACUCCUAAAGUGCACCGGCUUGAAAGAGAGAUUGCUUCCUCCGAAGGGGAAGUCUGAUAAGUGCAGUUAG